AUGUGCGACUAUACGCAGGUCGAGUUCCGCUGCGGCCAUGUUCGUUACACUGUUCGAGCAUGGUGUGGAAACUACGAGACAACCCAUAAACGCUGCCCUCCAUCCGUUGUGAGUUCAGGUCUGUUAAAUCAGCUCACAGGUAUCUGCUACACCUAA